AAACUGGACGCUCCAUCUCCAUUUAUUUAUUUUUCUCUAACUUUUGUUUAUCGUUUUCUUCCUUGUCCAGUCUUUUACGUUGCAGAUUUCUUCCGGAUGACGCGGUGACGAGCAAGUGGCCAUCCUCGCGACAGGCAGUACAGUCAGGAAUGUGUCCAAGCUAGCUUCGCGUGCCUCAAAAGGCUGUCUAUCAUUCGCAGGCUAGUGCUGGGAAAAAAAGGAGAACCACAUGGGAUUUUUCUGGCCUUCCCGUCGUAUGAAUCGUGUAGGAGCAGCAAGGAGCAGCUACUUUGAUCAGUGCGAGGUGAAAGACGAGCGGAGCUCGGGAGACGAGAAUGCAGGCUUGAUCGAGCAGAGAAAGGCCGCAGCUUGGGCAUGGUAUGGUCGAGGAGGAGGAGGUGCCGGAAACGCCGAUUCUCAGCAUGCUGUAGUGACAGCACCAGCAGGUGCUGCUCGAGCUUCGACUUCGCGGUUUAGGAUGGAAGCUUUUGAAGCUCUGGAAGAGAGUGGGAAGCUCCAGAUUGUGGUAGACAACAGGAGAAGCAAUCUGCUCGACGCUUACGAGCUCAAUUCUUUCAGCAGGAGGCUCGAGGAAGCACUGCUGGGUGGAGGAGCUGUUGCCAAGCUCGAGCGAUCGAGCAGCCUCUCGGGAGCUUUUGGAAAGAAAGGAAACUCCAGGAUCAUGAGACUGUGUGGGAAAUUGUCCGCGGCCUUCCAGGUCCGAAAGAACCGCAAUCAAGAGCACCCCUGGAGCUGUGGCGAGAAAAUCAAACUUCUCUAAAGAUAAAAUAAAAUAAAAAUAGAUGCUUA